AUGGCAGAUGAAUCAGUGAUCAACGGGGAAUUUUCUGAUGAUCAGAACGUUGAAAUAUCCGGGGAUGAAGCUUCGGCGAAAAUAUCAGGUCUCACGGUAAAAGUGGCUGAUCUUGAGCGAGAAAAUGCCAAAACGGUUCAGGAAAAUGAGGGCUAUAAGCAGCAACUCGAGCAACUGAAAGCAUCCAUCAAGGAGUUAAAUUCCGAAAUUGUGGAGCUGAAGAAGGAGAUAGACAAAGCAGAAUCAGAAAGUAAGGCCUUGGGUGCAGUGGCUGCUCGAGCAGCAGAACUCGAAUCCGAGGUGUCAAGGCUUCAGCAUGAUUUAGUAUCAGCCAUGAGUGAUUUGCAGGAAUCAACAACUGAGCUGACAAGCUUGAAGAAGGAUUUUGAGAGAGUUAAAGAGAAGGAGAAGGAGAAGGAUGUUCAGCUGGAGGCCAUUGUCAAGGAGCGGGAUUUGUUAUUGGUUAAGGUUGAGGAAAUGGAAAGCGAAGAAAGCAGUUUGAGGGGUGAAUUGGUGGGUAAGGAAAAGGAAAUUAGUGGUCUGAAGAAGAGUAAUGAGGAUUUGAAGGUGGCUGUGGAAAGUAGCAAGGGUUCGGAGAAGUCGAAUAACGAUCUGGAGAUUGAGAUUGAGAAAUUAAAGCUGGAAAUCAGUAUUCUGCAGAGCUCCUUGAAGGAGAAAGAGAAUGUGAUUAGUGGGUUUGAGAUGAAAGAAGAAGCUACCUAUGGUGGUCUCAGUGGUGAGGGUGAAAAGUCCGUAAAACAAACGGAGUGGAAAAUUGUUGGGGGUUCGGUUGUGGCUGCUGUUGUUUUCAUGGGCUUGGUUUGCUACGUACGUGCACGAAGGUACUGA